UCGCGAAAUGCAAACUUUCACGAAUAUCGCGAUAAAUGACUAAAAUUAUCACAAAGCAUAAUUUAUACUAAUAAAAUAUUUUAUGUAAAAAAUAUUUCUGCAAUUGUUCUCAAACCUCUUACGAGUUUUCAUUCAUAAAUAUGGAUUUUUCGUUGAUUUGUCGCACUUGUAUGAAAACACACAAUUUGAAUCCGAUUUUUAGACCAACUCAGCCACCGGAGAAAUACUCUGCUGCCAUUCAUGCAGGGACUGGGCUUCAGGUGAAAUAUAAUGACAAACUCCCUCAAAACAUGUGUACAUACUGCAUCAUUCAAUUAAACAAUAUGCUCCAAUUCAGAAAAAAAUGUCAAGACAUUGAAAAAAAAUUACUUAUACUCUUAGAAGACAGCACAAACUCCCUGAGUGACAUAUUAAUAAAGAAUGUUCCAAUUAAAAAAGAAGAUGACGUUGAUAUAGAGUCACAGUUAAAUUGUUUCAUUCUCACAAACCUUUCAAACACACUGGAGAAUGACGAAUGCAUAUCACCAGACCCUAUAGAAAAUUCAGACAAUAUAACAAAUUACUUAAAAGACGAAUCAUAUUAUGAUUCAAAGUAUGAAGCGAAAGACAGUUUAUUCAUACCUGAAGUACCAAAGACAAUAAAAAAAGGAACUAAAAGAAAAAAACAAAAAAAGUUACUUAAAACGAAUGAAAUUGAUGAAAAUGAAAGUUUUUCGACAGUAAAGUUAGAAGCAGAGGAAGAAAAGCCGUAUGUUAUCACGGAUACAAGUUGCAAAGUAGCGAGAGUGACUUGUAAGCUGUGCCAGAAGGAGUUGUCUAUCAGGAGUAUUGACAGUCAUAUGGAACGACAACACCCUGGCGCAGAUGAGAGGAAGGUCAAGUGUGAUCUAUGUGAUAGGUAUAUUAUGAGGAACCAGCUGAAGAGACAUAAUGCCUUGAUGCAUGGGGCUGUUAACGUUAUUAAGUGUCUGUAUUGUAAAAAGGAAUUUGAAACAAAGGCGCUGUUAAUGGAACAUGUGCGCUCAUGUGAUGCUAAGAAACGACAGCGGAAAGCCAAUGAUUCGGGUCGCAAGCUAUCUGCGUGUGACGUGUGCCAGAAGGUGAUGCAGAGAGCGAGUCUGAAGAUGCACAAGGCUGUCACACAUGCUGGGAUGAAGCCUGUCUGUGAGCACUGCGGUCGUAGUUUCAGUAACAAGCUUCGCCUAAUGGAGCAUUACAGGGCGAAACAUGGUUAUGAGAAGUUCAAAUGCAGUUACUGUGACUUCACCAGCGCUAGUGAUGUGGCUCUCAAGAACCACGAGCGGCGCCACCGCGGCGAGAAGCCCUACGUGUGCGAGUCCUGCGGCGCCAAGUUCCACGCGGCCUAUCUGCUGCUGCAGCACAGGCACUCGCACAGGACUGAGAAACUUGUCAAGUGCGAGCUCUGCCCCUCCAGGUUCAAAUCGAAUAACAACCUCAACAUGCACAAGGUGACAUGUCACAACAAGUCCAUAUUCAGCUGUACAGUAUGUUGCCGCACCUAUAAAUGUCGGUACUACGCCGUCAAGCAUGUCCGCCAAGCUCACGAGAUCGCUCCAGGCACGGAAAUGACCAAGAUAUCCGUAGCCCUACGAGGGUAGGGAUCGGGAGUGUUGAAUACAGGCAGGGUUAAUGGUUGUGGGAUAUGGCGACGCGCGACGGUCUCAGUGUAUAGUUACCGGCACGGAUCUUGAGCGCGAGGCGGAAGAGUGGGGAUCGCUUUGCGCCUCGUAAAAUUGAGACUAGAGGGCGUUGUGUGAAAGUUGUGGAAUGUUGUUAAAGAAUAUGAAGGAUGCUAGGGUGCAAUAAUGUAAAUGUGUAAGCAUUUUUGUAAUAACCAUUUGUCCUAUCAAGAAAAUAAAGCAAACUAAUUAAAA